AUGUCAGACUCGACGCCUGAUGGCACUUCGCCUCGAACCUUUGCGCUCAACCACUUGAGGCCAAAAUCAAGCUUCAAGGGAUGCUCCCGUAUUUCCGACUAUGAAUUGCUAGGCAAACUGGGAGAGGGAACCUUUGGUGAGGUUCACCGUGCCCGCUUGCGCAAGACCGGCACCCUUGUCGCCUUGAAAAAAAUCAUCAUGCAUCAUGAAAAGGAUGGCUUUCCCAUUACCGCCCUUCGCGAGAUUAAGCUUCUCAAGCUCUUGUCGCACAAGAACAUCCUGAGACUCGAGGACAUGGCCAUCGAGCACCCAACCAGACAGACCGAUAAGCGCAAAAAGCCCAUCGUAUACAUGGCCACUCCCUAUAUGGAUCACGAUCUUUCCGGUCUUCUCGAUAACCCCUCAGUGCAUUUCAAGGAGCCUCAAAUCAAGUGCUACAUGCUGCAACUGCUCGAAGGCCUGCGAUAUCUCCACGACAGCCGCAUUCUGCACCGAGACAUGAAAGCUGCCAACCUGCUCAUCAACAACCAAGGUAUCCUUCAGAUUGCCGAUUUCGGUCUCGCUCGACACUACGAAGGAGAUGUUCCCAAGGCUGGCCAAGCUUACGGCCCAGGAAGGCGAGAUUAUACUGGUCUGGUGGUAACUCGAUGGUACCGACCACCCGAGCUUCUACUACAAUUACGGCAAUACACCCCCGCUAUUGACGUUUGGGGAGUAGGCUGUGUACUGGGCGAGAUGCUCUUCGGAAAGCCCAUUUUGGCUGGCGAAAGUGACGCACAUCAGCUGGACAUGAUCUGGGACUUGAUGGGAUCUCCUACUGAAGACAAUAUGCCUGGGUGGAAGCAGUUGCCCGGUGCUGAUCAUCUAUCCCCUCGGCCACGAACUGGCAACCUCCAGAACAGAUUCAGAGAGUACGGCUCGGGCGCAGUCUCACUAUUGAAAGAACUUCUUAAACUGGACUGGCGGACACGAAUCAACGCAGUGGACGCCCUACAACACCCAUGGUUCAAGAUGGCGCCUCUGCCGUUAGAGCCCCACGAGAUCCCUGUUUACGAAGAAAGUCACGAGUUAGAUAGAAGAAAGUUCCACGACCGCAAGGCUGCCUUGCCCCCUGCCCCAAAGGGUGGGACUGUAGGUAUUGGCCCAGAUGCGAAGGGCGCCACAGCGGGCUUCAACAGCAAUGAGCCUUACGGAAAUGGCCGGAAUGGUGUGAACGGGAGCAGAUAUCGCAACGGACCAGAUGAAAGGCGUCCAGCUUGGCAACGAGAUCGAGGCGCUGGGUUACCGCCACGACCGCCUCCGAACGACGACGUGGACUAUCGUGAGCGAGGACCUCCUCGUGGGAGAGGAGCACCUGGGCCAAGAGCCCCAGAUGUCGACACGUACAUACCCGCCUAUAACCGGGAUGAUCCAGGCCGACGGAGGGACGACCGCCCCCCUCCACCACCCAGAGAUGAUCGUCGGCGACGCAACAGCAGAGAAGACCGACGCUACGAUAGAGACCGUGGCACCAUCAGCCGCAGUAGGUCACCCAGGCAUGAUCGGUCAAGAGAUCGAGACAGGCAAGAGCGUGAUAGGCCGGAGCGUGAUGCAUACCGGAGAUAG